AUGGGCAAGGCCACCAAGAGCCUUAUUUGCUCACAGCAGGGCAAGGGCCGCUCCUGGGCCCCGUCCCGAGUCACCGGGGGGCUCCCGCCAGGCCCCGGCAGAGGAGGCAGCGGGAAGCCGGACGAGCCGCUUACCUCGGGCUCCGUCAGAGCGGCCGAACCCUCAUGGGGUUGCGAUUCCAACACCGCGGCGCGGCCCCAGCGGAGCGGAAAGAAGCCGGCGGACACGCGCGUUGAAGAUCCCACGGCGCACGGCAGCACCGCCGGAGGAGACACCGGCCCCGGGAGCCGCUCGGAGGCGACACCCGUGGACAGUCCGGGGGACCUGGGGACAGCCCGGGACACCUGGGGACAGCCCGGGACACCCGUGGACAGCCCAGGACACCCCCAGCCCGCUCCCUCCCUCACCCGCCACUUUUCGAAUCCUCCCGCGGCUGACGUUGAGCGCGCGCCGCGGAACUCCCGCCUCGUCUCGCGAGAGCUCGGCCACCGCCCCCGCCCCUUCCCGCGCGCGGCACGGCUGAGGGCGGGGUGGGAAAAAGGCGGUGCUGGUAACGCACCCGGGCUCGGGUUUCGUGUUCAAAAUUCAGGGAACCGGAGACAGCUAGGCUGGAAAAAGCUUCCCAGGUCAUCGAGUCCAACCUAUGACCGAACAUCACCAGGUCAGCGAGACCAUGGUACUGAGUGCUACGUCCAGUCUUUCCUAAACACCUCCAGCUUGUCCUGUUGUCCUGUCGCUGGCUACUUGGGAGAAGAACCCGACUCCCAGAUGGCUACACGCUCCUUUCAGGGAGCCGUAGAGAGCGAUAAGGUCCCUCCUGAGUCUCCUUUUCUCGAGGCUGAGCCCCCCCCGCUUCCCCAGCCGGUCCCUGUAGGAUUUGUGCUCCAUCCCCUUUUCCGGCCCCAUCGCUGAGCAGCGCCUGUGCCCGCAGCGCCCGGCCCGGCCCCGGCAGCAGGGCUGCGCUGCGCCCGGCAGCUUCGGAGCUGAAAGGCUCCUUCCUCCGCUGCUUUCUGACACAGGCUGGCUGGACACACGGCUUGUCCCGGGGGAACAUCCCAUCACUUACCGAGAGGCAGCUGCCGUGGUUCAAACCCACCGCCCCGCUCACUGUUCCCUUUCUUUACCUACCUGCACUGUCAGUGUUUCCAAAUGGGGGUAAGAUAAGACAUGCUCAGUUAAAUUCAUGUUCAUGCUUAAGAAAGUGUUCCUUCUUCCAUGGAUCUCCAGUAACGUGGACUAACUGCUUUUAUAAAAACAUCACUGUGAAAAACAAACUUGACUCUUUAAAUUUUUUUAAAGUUUAAUAAGGGAUAAAAGGGACAAAAUCCAGCGCUAGGGUGCUUGGCUAUCUGCCAAAAGCACACCCUGAGCUUAAAACAAUAUUUUUUAUAUCCUGUUACAUUACAGGGGUGACCUGCAUAUUUAUAAAGCUUAUACAUAUUCAAACAAUCCUUUGAGUUUAAUGUUCUUUUGCUUAGUUUUAACCUUUGACUUGUCUUCAUGCCGUCUUGUAGAUUAAAUUUAUAUGUUUUAUUUCUUCUCGUGGUUCUGUCCUGUUGUUUUUACACUCUGAUAACGAGGAGUUAGUAAAUUGGGUUCUGGUUUUUGUCACUGUUAUCACUCAGUCUACAAACGUGACAAACUACUUAAUUAUCUUACACUAGUCUCUGAGUUAGUUACAUAAAAGCAUUUUAACAUCACAUAGUCCAUUUUAAUAUUACACUAUGGCCCAAGACAUAAUACAUUUAUCAAAUUACUAUUUAUAGAAGCUAUAUGGUGCAUAUAUAAACUCACAUAUUAUACUAUCCUAAAAAGCAGCUAAAAGAAAAUAUAAAUUGUUCCAUAUCAACAUCUUUGUGGUUAAUAAUAAUAUGCCAAAGCUAAUACAUAAAUGGAAAGCCAAUACUAUAUUGCCAUUUAUAACAUCAUGCAUUUGAUUUCACUGGUGGCUUUUUUCUCCAAUAAUGUUAUUGAUGCUCUUGCUGACAGCUGUGCUUUUACUCACAGUCCUGGUGAACAAUAUGAGUACUUUGCACUCUUCAUCCAAAGCAAUCAAGAGUUAAACAGCCUGUAUGCCUGAAUGUGUAGGAGACUAUGUAAGGCAGAUGAUAAGAGUUUGGAUAACUAAGGAUUUUUUUUAUUAUAUCAAGAAAUUAUGUCUUCUGUUUCUUCUUUGCAGUGUUUGGAAAUAGAGUCAGAUCUUGAAUUCUGUAAUAUUUCUCAUUCCAUUUGUUUGAGUUCUUCUGCAAACCAAAACCAGUAAAAAUGUCUUGUUAAGGGCUUAAUUUAUAUCUUUCCCUUUGGCAUUUUCAGUAGCAUUUCUCAGUGUUGGCUGUUCAGAAGAGAGAGGUGCAUAACUGAAGUAAUUUACUUUCAGUCUGUAGAAGCAGUACAGCAUGUGCUGGUUUACUGUGCAGACAAACAGAAAACUAACUAUAAUUUCUAUAGAAAUUUUCACAUCUGGUCAGACUUUUCAGGAUUGUAAUUUUAAAAAAUAUGAUGUAAUUCAGAUUUUAUUUAGUAUUAAAUGUAAAAAUUCACUCCUUUUAAAGUAGCAUUUUCAUCUGCUGCUGUUUUAUUUUUUAACAUAUAACCUUCCCUAAAGGCCCUGCCUUUCACAGUUUCAGUUUAUAUUAAGAAUUAAGAUCUUUUCAUUUUCUGCCACAUUUAUUUGAUAUAAGAAUCUGGCUUAUGAUUCAGAUGCUGUAUACCUGACUAUUUCCCAAGUUAGAUAUUCACCUAAGUGCAAGGAGCCUGUGAAACAGUUUGUUUGGAGUAAGUUGCAUGAGCAAUCAGCAUACCUGGAGAAUUGUAAAAACAAAUAAAGAAGUAUACCACCUGACAUUUAUACAUUGUGUUAAUGUAUAUUAUAUAUGCAUAUAAUAUAUGUCUGCCUAUAUUAAAUUUUAUGCAUAUAUUAAAAAUCUUUGCCAUUUUAGAUCCAAACUGAUGGAUUUAUUUAUCAUGACUCACGUAGACUGAAUAUUUCAUUAAUACCUUGAUUAGUCUUUAAUUAGAUGCUACAUUAGUCACCUGGUUACUGUUUAUUUAGUUGGGCACUUAUCCAUUUAGCAAACAAACUAAAACAUAUUUUAGCUUUUAAUUUCUGUUGCAUAGCAACCGCAGAAUGAUUUUUUUUCAUAGUAUUGAAACUAGAAGUUGAUACAGAUAAUGACAAGCUGAAUAACACCAAGUGAUUCAUUUUAAAGGACCACAUAGAGAAACAAGAGAGGCAGAAUAAUUUUUUCUAGGUUUUUUCAAGAACUGAGCAUGAACUGCAAGCCAGUAAUAAACCUACAACUCUAUUUUCAGUUUCUCUAAUAUUCUCCCUUUCAAGAGGACCAAAUUACAUGCCUCUCUUUGACAUAUCUGUUCAUCUGUUCAAAAUAAUCUAUACCCUGUGAUAAUAAUCUAAUAUUUAUUAUCAUUUUCCUGUCAAGUUACGGUAAAAAUGAAAAAUGGGCCUUUCGCACAUGGUUGCUGAGCAACAGCAAAUAAAGAUUUGCUUUUGUGCUACUGAUUCAUGAACAAGUCUUUAUUCUUGUUGGUGGCCUGCAUUAGAGAUCUCGGUUACAGAUGGCUCACACCAGAAUAUUGUUGUUUGGGCUAGAGCAAGCAUUCCAUUUCAACCUCUAAGAGUCAACAAUAUAAAUAAAAAAUAAACAAGUAGCUCUCUGAAUGUCAGAUGCUUUCUUGACAAUAUUUUCUUAUAUUUACAAUGUUAUUUUGUAGAUAAUAGUUUCUUAUGAGAUUAUUUCACUCGUUAUUUACUACCAUGUUGCAGUUGUAACUUCUAUUUCUUUUUCUUUGAAUAUGUAAUAAAAUUUGUUAUAGUUAAUACAGUAUGAACAAAAUCUGCUCAUCCUCUGAGGCAGGCUGUUAAUAAUUUACAUGCAUGCAUUUCCCUUGAUUUUUUUUUGAUCUUCACAUACUUUGAUAAAUAAUCCGAACAGCAUGGGAGAGAGAUGAAGUUUCACACUAUUCCACUUCUCCAGAUCUCCCCUUGCCUGAAGGUAAUCCUGCCAAUCAUGCCAUCCUUUAUUCAGAGGCAACUGUCACUUCUCAAUGCUGGUGUGAUUAGACCGUGAAAAGGCUUAUUUCCCUUAAAUUAUUAAUAUUAACAUGAAUCAAUUUUAGAGUUUAAGAGAUUAAGUAGGAAAAAAAAAAAUGACUGCAGAAGAAAAAAAAAUUAGCCUUGUUAACUCACACAAAAAUAAGGAAAUAAAAUGUGCAGAGGGAAUGCAAAAGCCGUUCGGAAGAGCCACUCCCUGGAGUCGCUGCCGACCGUACCGAAGUCCUGAAGUGCCGCCCGGCGGGAGCUCCCCGCUACUGCCGGGGUCUGCAGGGAUCCACACCCUGCUCAAUUUAAGCUGGGAAAACACAGUAAAUUCAUUUUCUUUGCUUUGUUAUGACAAAAUACUUAGUUAUUAUAUCAUGAAGAGGGCUGGAACACCUCUCCCAUGGAGACAGGGUGAGAGAGCAGAGGGUGUUCAGCCUGGAGCACUGAAGGCUCUGGAGAAACUUCAGAGCAUCUUGCAGUGCCUAAAGGGUUUACAAACGAGGAGAGGGAAUUUUUGUAAGAGCAUGGAGAGAUAGGACAAGGAGAAUGGUUUUAAACUGACAGAGGGCCGUUUUAGAUUAAAUACUGAGAAGAAAUUCUUUAUUGUGAGGGUUGUGAGAUGCUGACAGAGACUGUUUGGAGAAGCUGUGGAUGUCCCAUCCCUGGAAGUGUGCAAGGCAAGGUUGGCUGGGGCUUUGAGCAACCUGGUCUAGUGGAAGGUGCCCCUGCACAUGGCAGGGGUAUUGGAAAUAGAUGAUGCUCAGAGUCUCUUCCAACUCAAACCAUUCCGUGGGCCUAUAAUUUAUUAUUUGCUGUAUUGUUAUGCCCUUACUGUUAUCACUUGUUCCUUACAAGCAGUGUUGCAAGUCAUUAUAAUUUUUCUUUGCUCCCUAUUAGUACCAUGAAAAUGGAAAGAUUUCUGAAAUGUUAUAAGAUGUUCACAAAAAGAAAUUACAAUGGCAGUAUUUGCAUAGCUGAAUCCAUCCCGCUGUAAAAAAAGGGAGUGUAAUUUUUCAUUACAACUAAAGCAAACAUUUUCUAGUAUAAAGUCACUGUCAUCUCCCAGAAUGUUAUGUAUCAUUGAGUAAAUUUAUAACACUAGUUUGUCAGUUAAUUUCAGAUAUAAAGCACUCCAAUUACAAAUGCCAUGUCUGUAUUACUUUAACCCCAUUAAAUUACAUUCUGAUAGAGAUUUACUGCUCUUAUAAGUGUCCUGUCUCCUUGCAGCUCUCAUUCUAUUUUAGUCUUUAAGAGAAAAAAUGCUUCUAAGGUACAAAAUCACUGUUAUUAUUAAUUUUAGAAGUGCUCUUAGAGGUUUCAUUGUGAUAGACAUGCAUCAUUUAGAUAUGACACCAUCUCUCUUCCAUCUGUCUAGUACAAAAUAUUAAAAUACCGUACAAAUAUCAGAAUGGACAUGAUUUGCUCAUCCAUAUUAGUUUAUACGUCUAUAAACACACACAAACUCACAACAAACUACUUUACAUUGCUUGGACAUUAUCCCAGCAUUCAUUUGUCUCUCACAUCUGUGCUCCUUUGUCAGCAAGGGUGUUCCCCAUGUCCCUGAUCCAGACUAGGAACUUG